AUGGAAGUUUGGUUACCAGUGGAAGACUUACUAGUUUCUAAUAUUGGGCGCAUCAAGAACAAAAAAGGUAUAAUUUUAAGACCAGGUGUUUGCAAGAGGUCUGGUUAUGUACCAACAGUUUUUAGGAUUAAUGAAAAUAAGCCUUACGUUAACCACAUUAAUGGAAUCAAACAUGAUAAUCAGGCUGUUAAUUUGGAAUGGGUAACUCCUAAAGAGAAUGCUGAAUGUAAGGUAUUCCCAAACCAUGGUCGUGGUAAUUCUAGGUGGACCAUACAGAAAGCAUUAGAUGAGGAAGUUAUUCAGAUUUGGAAUUCUAUUUGCCUCACUGGUAAUACGCUUAAAAUUGCAGAAAAUAGCAUUUCUGAAUGUUGUAGUGGAAAGCGAAAUACUGCCAUUUCAUCUCUAAGGAGAAUUUGGUUAGCGAAUGGUGCAAUCACCCAAGGAUCAUUAUACGAAGGAUAUUUUCGAUUCAACCAAUGUUAUAUUCACUGUUUGGUAGCAUUAGCAUUUUGUUCAAAAGAAGAAGGCAAAGAUUGUCAUCCAAUCUUGAAUGGUGCACACAAAAGGAAAAUUGGUCGUGGUAAUUCUAGGUGGACCAUACAGAAAGCAUUAGAUGAGGAAGUUAUUCAGAUUUGGAAUUCUAUUUGCCUCACUGGUAAUACGCUUAAAAUUGCAGAAAAUAGCAUUUCUGAAUGUUGUAGUGGAAAGCGAAAUACUGCCAUUUCAUCUCUAAGGAGAAUUUGGUUAGCGAAUGGUGCAAUCACCCAAGGAUCAUUAUACGAAGGAUAUUUUCGAUUCAACCAAUGUUAUAUUCACUGUUUGGUAGCAUUAGCAUUUUGUUCAAAAGAAGAAGGCAAAGAUUGUGUAAAUCAUAUUGAUGGUAAUCGUACCAACAAUAAAGCAUCCAAUCUUGAAUGGUGCACACAAAAGGAAAAUACCCAACAUGCCGUGUACCUUAAGCUUUGGGUCACUGUCGCAAACAGCAAAGAUUGUGUAAAUCAUAUUGAUGCUUUGGGUCACUGUCGCAAACAGAUUUGGAAUUCUAUUUGCCUCGCUGGUAAUACGCUUAAAAUUGCAGAAAAUAGCAUUUCGGAAUGUUGUAGUGGAAAGCGAAAUACCGCCGGUGGCUGGUGUUGGAUAUAUUAUGAAAAUUAUAUACCACAGGACCCUAACGAAGAAUGGAGAGAAAUAGAAUAUAAAUUACGAAAGUUCAAAGUUUCAUCUCUAGGGAGAAUUCGGUUAACGAAUGCAUUAGCGUUUUGUUCAAAAGAAGAAGGCAAAGAUUGUGUAAAUCAUAUUGAUGCUUUGGGUCACUGUCGCAAACAUGCCAUCAAGCAGAUUUUCGAUGAUGGAUCUUUCCGAGAAUUUCCAUCCUUAGCUGAAGCACAACGCAUGACUGGAAUUAAAAGUCAAAAUAUUGGACUAGUAUGUCGAGGACUUCAAGCUCAUGCUGGAGGAUAUCGUUGGGAGUAUGUAAGCACAAUAUCGCAUAAUAAUCAUGAUUUUUCACAGUAA